UUUGGGAAUUUUUAAUAGAAAGAAACACGCGGUGUGAGGAGUGGGACCCAGGAGGUUUGGGGAUGGUGGUGGUGGCCUGACCUUAAUUGAUUAAUUCCUCCACAGUACUCCCACAAAACAAAGCCACGCACUUUCACAUCUUCCGAACCUUUCGCCAUCUCUCCUCUCAACUUGACUCUCUUUCACUACUGCCUGCUUUCCGGUGUCUUCCGGCAACUGGGGAUCUCGCUGCUUUCCUUCUUGUGAGUGUGUUCUUUUUGUGCUUUACUUGUUGAAUUGCUCUUGGCUGUUGGGGUUGUGUGGAUUUUUUGUUUUUAAUUUUUUAAUGUGGAGAGUCGGUGCUGAAAAUUGGGAUUGAUGGUGUUGGGUGUUUGUCUGAUUGAGUUUGAAGGGGUUUUUGGUGAUUAGGGCCAAUUGGGCAUGUGGGUUGCUCUGAAUUGGAACCAUGGGUGUGUGGGUGUACUGUUUCUGGACUUUUGGGGGAGAACUGAGGCUGAUUAGUUGAAGUAAGGGUUUGUGUUGUUUGGGGGUUUUGAGCUCUGAUCUCUGUGGAAUUGGGUUUUAUUUUUUCUGGGUUUGUACUGUUGUCGUCUGCUUUGGGGUUCUGUUUUGUGGAUUUGGGUGGUUGUGAUUUCUGGGUUUGAUCAAUGGAGGCUAAAAUUGGGGGUGAAGCUCACCAUUUCUAUGGUAUUGGGACUUCUGAUUUGCGUGUGAUGGGGAAGAGGAGUUCGGAAUGGGAUUCGAAUGAGUGGAAAUGGGAUGGUGAUCUUUUCAUAGCCAGUCCCAUGAAUCCAGUGCCCUCAGAUUACACGAGCCAGCAAUUUUUCCCACAUGGCUCGGCAAUUCCAGUGACUGGGGGCUCCUCUAACAGUUCUUCUUCGUGUUCUGAUGAAGUGAAUCUUGGAAUUGAGAAAAGGAAAAGGGAAUUGGAGAAACGUAGGAGGGUUAUCGUUGUCCAAGACGACAAUGAUGAAACUGGGACUCUUUCUCUAAAGCUUGGUGGGCAUGGACAUUCGGUUUCUGAAAGGGAGGUGGGAAAUUGGGAAGGGACAAGUGGGAAGAAGACCAAAUUGGCUGGAGUUAGUUCCAGUCGCGCUGUUUGUCAGGUAGAGGACUGUGGGGCUGAUCUAAGCAAAGCCAAGGAUUAUCACAGACGACAUAAGGUCUGUGAGAUGCAUUCAAAGGCUGGUCGCGCCCUGGUGGGAAAUGAGAUGCAACGAUUCUGUCAGCAGUGUAGUAGGUUUCAUGUCCUUCAAGAGUUUGAUGAGGGGAAAAGGAGUUGUCGGAGACGUUUAGCUGGCCAUAAUAAACGGAGGAGGAAGACACAUCCAGAUGCUGCCGGUAAUGGAAAUUCCUUGAAUGAUGAUCAGGCUAGUGGUUAUCUCUUGAUAAGUUUACUGAGGAUACUUUCCAACAUGCAUUCCAAUAAUAAAUCAGAUCAGACUAAGGAUCAGGAUUUGCUGUCCCAUCUUUUAAGAAGCCUUGCCAGCUAUGGUGGUACAAAUGGGAGUAGAAACAUAUCAGGGCUCCUUCAGGAAUCUCAACUGCUGAAUGAUGGGACUUCUGUUGGAAAUACAGAAGUGAUUUCGGCUCUGCUCCCAAAUGGUUCUCAAGCUCCCCCACGGCCUAUUAAACAUCUCAAGGUACCUGAAUCUGAAAUUCCGCCUAAAGGGGUACAUGCAGAUGAUGCUAGGGUUGGAAAUAUGCAAAUGACUUCUUGUGGAAAGCCUGGGAUUAUGUUCCCUAUUAAAGACAGUCUGCCAGUUUACUCAGAAGUGAGAGACAGUACUGCAGGGCAGAUCAAGUUGAAUAAUUUUGAUUUGAAUGACAUAUAUAUUGAUUCAGAUGAUGGCAUGGAAGAUCUGGAGAGAUCACCUGUCCCUGAGAAUCUGGGGACUGGUUCUCUUGAAUGUCCCUCAUGGGUACAACAAGACUCUCAUCAAUCAAGUCCACCUCAGACAAGUGGCAAUUCUGAUUCAGCAUCUGCCCAGUCACCUUCUAGUUCCAGUGGAGAGGCUCAGAGCCGCACCGAUCGGAUUGUUUUCAAACUAUUUGGGAAAGAACCAAAUGAUUUUCCUCUUGUUCUGCGAGCACAGAUUCUUGACUGGUUAUCUCAUAGUCCUACUGACAUUGAGAGCUACAUUAGGCCUGGUUGUAUUGUUCUAACAAUUUAUCUUCGUCUACCUGAGUCCACAUGGGAGGAGCUUUGCUGUGAUCUGGGUUCCAGUUUGAGUAGGCUUCUGGAUGUCUCAAAUGACACUUUCUGGAGAACUGGAUGGGUGUAUAUUAGAGUGCAGCAUCAAAUAGCAUUUAUCUACAACGGUCAGGUUGUUGUAGACAUGUCCUUACCUCUCAAGACUAAUAAUUAUAGCAAAAUUUUAAGCAUCAAACCUAUUGCAAUAUCUAUGUCUGAGGAAGCUCAAUUUUUGGUUAAAGGCUUUAACCUGUCUCGGCCAGCCACAAGGUUACUCUGUGCACUAGAAGGAAAGUAUCUUGUUAAGGAAGCAACUCAUGAGUUAAUGGAUGAUAUUGAUAGUGUGAAGGAGCAUGAUGAGCUCCAGUAUCUCAACUUCUCUUGCUCUAUUCCCAAAAUGACUGGAAGAGGAUUCAUUGAGGUUGAAGAUCACGGUCUCAGCAGCAGCUUCUUUCCCAUUAUAGUUGCAGAGAAGGAUGUUUGUUCAGAGAUCUGUAUGCUUGAGAGUACGAUAGAGAUGACUGACAUUGAUGAAGAUGGCUGUGGGACUGGAAAAUUGGAAACCAAGAAUCAAGCUAUGGACUUUAUACAUGAAAUUGGUUGGCUUCUUCAUAGAAGUCAAUUAAAGUCCAGAUUGGGUCACUUGGAUCCUAAUGCAGACCUUUUUUCUUUCAAACGGUUCAAGUGGCUGAUGGAGUUCUCCAUGGACCGUGAUUGGUGUGCUGUUGUCAAGAAACUCUUAGACAUCAUGCUUGAUGGUACUGUGGGUGCAGGAGAGUACCCUUCCUUGAAGCUUGCAUUCAUGGAGAUGGGUCUUCUUCACAGAGCUGUACGAAGAAAUUCUAGGCCUCUGGUGGAACUCCUGUUGAGAUACGUCCCUGAGAGAGUUUCUGAUGUACUAGCAUCUGAUGAUAAGUCAAUGGUUGAUGGAGGCCAUGCAAGCUUCUUGCUUAGGCCUGAUGUGGUAGGACCUGCUGGUUUGACACCUCUCCACAUUGCAGCUGGUAGGGAUGGUUCCCAAGAUGUAUUGGAUGCAUUGACUGAUGAUCCUGGAAUGGUGGGAGUUGAAGCAUGGAAGAGUGCUCGUGACAGCACAGGUUUCACUCCUGAAGAUUAUGCUCGUUUACGAGGGCACUACUCAUACAUCCACCUGGUCCAGAAGAAGAUCAACAGAAGACUAGGAAAUGGGCAUGUGGUAGUUGAUGUGCCUAGCCAUCUCUCAGAUUGCAGUGUGAACCAGAAGCAAAAUGAUGAGGCAACUACCGGCUUCCAGAUUGAAAGGACCACAUUGAGACCCAUUCAACAGCAGCAGUGCAAGCGUUGCAAUCACAAGGUGGCUUAUGGAAAUGCCAGCAGAUCCCUGUUAUACAGGCCUGCAAUGCUUUCAAUGGUGGCCAUAGCUGCAGUCUGUGUCUGUGUAGCACUUCUCUUUAAAAGCUCACCUGAAGUUCUAUACGUGUUUACUCCCUUCCGGUGGGAAUUGUUGGACUAUGGCACAAGCUGAGCUCAAAUUAACUAUCAAAUUGAUGAAAUCUAUCUAAAAGGUGUUGUAUUUGCACGAGUUAAUAUAUAUAGACUGUAAAGUUGAGAUUUCCUGUAGAACCUAUGCUUUGGAUAGACCUUGAACCCAGUAAAAUUAUCUACCUAUUUAUCCAAAUGUAUGCUCUUUCAUCAGACAUCAAGUGCUUACAUCUCUUUCAUUCGUGACAAAAGGCAGCACGGCACCUUUGAGAUACCUAUGAGUUUCCAUGAGCAGCAAGCUUCUGUUGACAGAAAAAUGAUUAUAUCUAUGUGUCUACUUCUCUGGGGAAGUAGAAGAUGCUGAAUGAAGAUCAUUUGAUGGCUACCUCAAAUAUAGGUUUGACCCAACUGUGGACUUGCCUGAAAUGUGAUCAGCAACACCAUUUGCAUUCGAAUUUGAAUGCAUGUCUUAAUUGUAAGUUCUAUAAUGGUGAUUGAAAAGGGAGCAGAUCACCCUUCAUAGCUACAUUUGAUAGGUGUUUCUUCCUAGCAAUCAUUUUUUAAUAUAA